AUGCUGAUCUUGGAAUGGAAACCACCAGCAGACGAUGGUGGUGCACCAAUCGAGGAAUAUGUGAUCGAGCAAAAGGACAAGCAUGGACGAUGGGAACCAGUGAUGACUGUACCCGCAGAUAAAACUACGGCUACUGUUGGAAAUCUGAAAGAAGGCGAAGAGUAUCAAUUCCGUGUCAUUCCCAAGAACAAAGCUGGCUUGGGCGAACCUUCUGAUCCAUCUGAUAAGAUCAUCGCUAAAACGCGAUUCUUGGCUCCUCACAUUCAUCGCGAAGACUUGGAAGACACUACUGUCCGCGUUGGUCAGCAGAUCAAGUUCAACAUUCAUAUCGAUGGUGAACCGCCUCCAGACGUCCGAUGGACAUUCAAUGACAAGAGCAUUGGAGAGAGCAAGGCGCAAAUUGAGAACGAGGACUACCUCUCCAGAUUCAACAUCCCUAAGGCUGUGCGUAAGCAGAGUGGUAAAUACACCAUCACAGCCACUAACGAUAGUGGAACUGAUUCGGUAACAAUCACAAUCAAAGUGAAAGGCAGACCGUCGAAGCCUAAGGGACCACUGGACGUGACAGAUGUGUUCGAAGACCGUGCCACACUCAGCUGGAAGCCACCAGAGGAUGACGGUGGUGAACCAAUCGAGCAUUACGAAAUCGAAAAAAUGAGCACCAAGGAUGGUAUUUGGGUGCCAUGUGGACGAACAGCUGACACUUCGUUUGUCGUUGAUUCCCUCAACAAGGGUGACCACUACAAAUUCCGAGUCAAAGCUGUGAACAGCGAAGGUGCUUCCGAUCCACUUGAGAGCGAUACGGAUAUCUUGGCAAAGAAUCCAUUCGAUCGCCCAGAUAAGCCAGGAAAACCUGAACCUACUGACUGGGACAGCGACCAUGUAGACCUGAAAUGGGAUCCACCACUCAGUGAUGGUGGUGCACCCAUUGAGGAGUACCAAAUUGAAAAACGUACCAAAUAUGGAAGGUGGGAGCCAGCAGUCACUGUGCCUGGUGGCCAAACCACAGCAACUGUGCCCGAUUUGACCCCGAAUGAGGAGUAUGAAUUCCGUGUCAUCGCUGUGAACAAGGGAGGCCCAUCUGAUCCCAGCGAUGCCAGCAAGCCUGUCAUCGCUAAGCCUCGCAAUCUGGCACCGAAAAUCGACCGUGAUGCGCUGAAGGAGCUGAAGGUGAAAGCAGGACAAGCUAUUGGAUGGGACGUGCCUGUUGAGGGCGAACCUGCUACUUGGAGCUGGCCAGAUCAUCGUGAAAUCCGAAACGGAGGAAGAGUGAAACUGGAUAACCCCGAAUACCGCUCGAAGUUACAUAUUCGUCAAAUGGAGCGAGGCGACAGUGGAAUGUACACGAUCCGAGCCGUCAAUCCGAAUGGAGUGGACGAGGCCACUGUCAAAGUCACCGUCAUAGACAAGCCAUCUCCUCCAAAUGGACCUCUCGAUGUGACUGAUGUUCAUGCUGAUCACUGUACUCUUGACUGGAAACCACCAGAUGAUGACGGUGGAAUUCCUAUCGACAACUACGUUAUCGAAAAGCUCGACACAGCCACUGGUCGAUGGGUGCCCGCUGCAAAAGUACCCGGAGGUCAAACGACAGCCGUUGUCGACGGACUCAUCCCUGGACACGAAUAUAAGUUCCGUGUGGCGGCAGUAAAUGCCGAAGGAGAAUCGGAUCCUCUGGAGACAUUUGGAUCGACCCUUGCCAAAGAUCCGUUCGACAAACCUGGAAAGACCAGUGCUCCAGAAGUCACAGACUGGGACAAAGAUCACGCUGACCUGACAUGGAAUCCGCCAAUAAACGAUGGUGGCGCUCCAAUAGAAGGCUACGUCAUUGAAAUGAAAGAAAAGCACUCUCCGUUCUGGACAGAAGCGCUGCAGGUUCCUGGAGAUCAGACUACAGCGACUGUACCGAAUCUCAAAGAGGGCCACGAGUAUGAGUUUAGAAUUCGCGCCAAGAACAAGGCUGGCACCGGAGAUCCAUCGGAUCCUUCACAAACGAUCACUGCAAAGUCUAGAAAUGUUCCUCCAAAGAUCGACCGCAGCGCUUUGGCGGAGAUCAAGGUUAGAGCAGGAAACGAGAUUCACCUGGUUGUUCCCGUGUCUGGCGAACCACCACCAGAUAUCACUUGGACAUUCGCGGACAAACCUGUGGAUUCAGACGAUCGCAUCAAAAUUAACAACGAAGAUUACAAGACUAAAUUCCUCGUGAAGAGGGCUCUGCGCUCCGACUCAGGAACCUACGUGAUCACUGCGACAAACGUUAACGGCACGGACACCGCUGAGCUGAAAGUAACCGUGCUGGACCAUCCUGGAGAACCACGUGGACCACUUGAUAUUAGCAAUGUCACCAAGGAGGGUUGUGAUUUGGCUUGGAAGGAACCAGAUGAUGACGGAGGUGCAGAAAUCGAUCACUACGUUAUUGAAAAGCAAGACGCCAACACUGGCAGAUGGACAGCUUGUGGUGAGAGCAAGGACACUAAAUUCCAUGUUGAUGAUCUUGUUCAGGGACAUGAAUACAAGUUCCGCGUGAAGGCAGUGAAUCGCUAUGGCGAUUCAGAUCCAUUGGAAGCUGCCAAGUCAAUAAUCGCAAAAGAUCCAUUCGAUUGCGCCGACGCUCCAGGAACUCCAGAAAUCGUGGAUUGGGAUAAGGACCAUGCUGAUUUGCAAUGGACACCCCCAGUCGACGACGGAGGUGCUCCUGUUGAAGAGUAUCUCAUUGAAAUGAAGGCUGGAAACGGUGACUGGCUACCGGCCAAGAAGGUUCCAGCUGAUCAACUCACCGCUACUGUAGACAAUUUGAGACCAGGUCAGACCUAUCAGUUCCGAGUUAAAGCUUUGAACAAAGCUGGAGAGUCUCGACCAUCCGAUCCCAGCAAGGCGAUGAUUGCUAAGCCAAGAAAUCUUCCGCCAAAAAUCAACCGUGACAUGUUCAACGACCUUCGCCUCAAGGCUGGUCAGACUAUCAGCUUCGACGUAAAUGUGGAGGGAGAACCAGCGCCAAAGAUUGAAUGGUUCCUUAAUGGAACACCAAUUGAGUCACUAGGAAAGACAAAGAUCGAUAACUCGAAUGAUAACAACACCAAACUCGACACCAAAGACGCAGUGCGUGCCGACAGUGGCAAGUACAAGAUCGUUGCUACAAAUGAGAAUGGUCGUGACGAGGCUGAGGUCAAUGUGAAUGUACUGGAUAUCCCGGGAGCUCCUGAAGGACCGCUUACGGUAAAGGAUAUCACAAAGGAUGGAUGUACGUUGAAAUGGCAUCCCCCAGAGGAUGACGGUGGUUCUCCUAUUACCAACUAUAUCGUUGAGAAGCAAGAAGAUGAUGGUCGAUGGGUACCGUGCGGCGAGACGGCUGACACGAACCUAAAAGUCGGAAAGUUGAAUGAAGGCCAUGAAUAUAAGUUCCGCGUGAAAGCUGUGAAUAGGCAAGGUGUUUCGGCUCCUCUCCAGACCGACCACGCCAUCGUGGCAAAGAAUCCAUUUGAUGAACCUGGAGCGCCAACGGACGUGACUCCCGUUGACUGGGAUAAGGACCAUGUAGACCUAGAGUGGAAGGCUCCUGAAAAUACUGGAGGAGCUCCUAUCGAGCAAUACAUUGUGGAGAAGAAAGACAAAUAUGGUGACUGGGUACCCUGUGCGACUGUUGAUGGCAAGACCACUAAAGCUACAGCUGGAACCUUGUGGCUGGCAGGUACUCCGUUGAAAUUGGAAGUGUUGUUCGAAGGAGAGCCUGCACCAGCAGCCAUUUGGCGUGCCAACGACACCGUAUUGAAUGACCUUCCACGGGCUGAAGUUACCACAACACCGACCUCAUCUGAGCUGCAUAUUUUCUCCAGUGUCAGAGGAGAUACUGGAGUGUACACGGUCUCUGUUGAGAACGAGCACGGAAAAGACAAAGCACAAUGCAACGUCACUGUGCUUGACGUGCCCAGUCCUCCCGAAGGUCCUUUGAAGGUAAAUGAAAUCCACAAAGAAGGAUGUACGCUCACAUGGAAGCCACCACUUGAUAACGGAGGCUCGGAAAUUCUUCACUAUCGUGUUGAAAAGAUGGACACUUCCCGUGGAACUUGGCAAGAAGUCGGCGAAUUCCCCGAGUGCACGGCCAAAGUGGGAAAGUUGAUCCAUAUGAAGGAAUAUCAGUUCCGAGUGAUGGCCGUCAAUCUGCAAGGAGAAUCGAAACCACUCGAAACUACUGAGCCAAUCAUCGCUAAGAACGAAUUUGAUGUACCUGAUCCGGUGGACAAGCCGGAGGUAGUGGACUGGGACAAGGAUCGUAUUGACAUCCAAUGGAAGCCUCCAACGAACAACGGAGGAAGUCCAGUAAAGUCGUACAUUGUUGAGAAAAAGGAGAAGGGCAGUGCGAUCUGGAACGAGGCUGGCAAGACAUCGGGCACGAAGUUCUCAGCCAACAACCUCAAACCAGGUGUUGAGUAUGAGUUCCGUGUUAUUGCCGUCAACGAAGCUGGUCCUUCCGAUCCGUCAGAUCCGACUGACCCACAAAUAACCAAGCCCAGAUACUUGAAACCGAAAAUUCUCACGCAAAAUCGAAAGAUCAAGAUCAGAGCCGGUCACACUCAUACCAUGGAAGUGGAGUUUGAUGGAGCGCCAGAGCCAACCCAGACAUGGACAUUCAAAGAAGGUCAGGAAGUACCGUCCGACCUGUUGGUUGAGGCGAAACCUGGCGUAGCAUCAAUCUUCUUCCCGAGCGCUAAACGGUCUGACAGCGGACCGUUCACAUUGAAGGUGAAGAACGAAAUCGGCGAAGACGAAGGAGUAUUCGAAGUCAUUGUGCAAGACCGCCCAGCCACUCCUGGAGGACCGCUUGAGGUGUCCAACGUAACUAAGGACAGCUGUGUACUCAGCUGGAACCCACCAAGCGAUGACGGUGGAGCCGAGAUAACCAAUUAUGUAGUAGAGAAACGCGACACAAAGACUAAUACCUGGGUGCCUGUGUCUACAUUCGUUACUGGAACAAGAAUUACGGUACCAAAACUGGUUGAAGGACAUGAAUACGAAUUGAGAGUCAUGGCUGAGAACGCCUUUGGACGCUCAGAUCCUCUGAACACCACUGAACCGGUGCUUGCUAAAGAUCCAUUUGGCGCGCCCGGCAAGCCAGGCAAGCCGGAAAUCGUUGACACCGACAAUGACCACAUCGACAUCAAGUGGGAUCCACCUCGUGACAACGGUGGCUCUCCAAUCGAGCACUACGACGUUGAAAGGAAGGACGUGAAAACCGGACGAUGGGUUAAGGUGAACACCACUCCUGUCCAUGGUACAGCCUUCUCCGAUGUUCGCGUACAGAAAGAUCAUACCUAUGAGUACCGAGUGGUUGCAGUGAACAAGAGCGGACCAGGAGAGCCAUCGGAUCCCUCGGCUGCUGCAACAGCUAAACCAAUGUUUGAGGCACCAGGCUUCGAUCUAGAUAUCGAUGGAAAAGAGUUCCGUGUUAAAGCUGGUGAUCCGCUGGACAUUACCAUUCCUAUGCACGGAUCGCCAAAGCCCGAAGUGAAGUGGACAAAAGACGGCAAAGAGAUCCCUGGAGUCGAAACUACCGAGACCCAAACCCGCCUCCUCAUCCCAACAUCAAGACGUAGUGAUAGCGGUUCAGUGAAAAUAAAGGCGAGUAACAAUCUUGGAGAUGCCGAAGCGAACAUCAAAAUCACUGUCAUCGACAAACCUGGCGCUCCUGAGAAUCUUACCUACGACGCCGUGACCAGGCACACCUGCGCACUCAAAUGGGUGCCUCCAAAGGACGAUGGAGGAACAUCAUAUACAGUUCGAGGAUUGGAGCACGGUCAGCAGUACCGAUUCCGCGUCCGCGCUGAGAAUCUGGUCGGCUUAUCAGACUACGUCACCGGUGCUCCGGUCGUGAUCAAGGACCCAUUCAAUCCACCUGGAGCACCAUCCACUCCAGAAGUAACUGGUUACGACUCGAAUCUAGUAUCACUGGCUUGGAAUCCACCCAAAGACGACGGCGGCUCACCGAUCCUCGGAUAUGUCGUCGAACGAUUUGAAAAGAAGGGCGGCGGCGACUGGGCACCAAUUAAGAUGCCUCUGAUCAAGGGAACAGAAGUGACCAUUCCAAACCUCCACGAGGGUGAAACCUAUCAGUUCAGAAUAAGAGCUGUGAAUGCUGCCGGUGAAGGUGAAGCCAGCAGCGGAUCAGAGCCAGUCACUUGCAGACCAUUCGUUGUACCUCCUGGAGCACCCGAUCAACCGAGAAUCGGAAGCAUCACAAGGAAUUCUGCUGAAGUACUUUGGAGUCGACCCUUCAAAGAUGGAGGCGCUCCGAUUGAUGGCUAUUUCGUAGAAAAGAAGAAGAUUGGAGAUCCAGACUGGUCCAGAGUCAACGCAAAGCCGAUAAAGGGAACUUCGCUAGUUGUGGAUGGUCUCGGCGAAAAAGAAGAGUAUGAAUUCCGAGUGGUUGCUGUCAACUCUGCUGGUGAAGGAGAACCUUCGAAACCAUCGGAUCUUGUCGUGAUCCAAGAACAACCAGGGCGUCCAGUAUUCGAUUUAUCGAACCUCAAGGACAUAACUGUUCGUGCUGGAGAAACCAUCCAGAUAAAAAUUCCUUACUCCGGCGGAAAUCCGAAACCAAUCGUUGACUUGUUCAACGGAGCGACGCCGCUUUUCGAAAAUGACCGCACGGUAAUUGAUGUGAACCCCGACUCGAUAGUUAUCACUACGACUGACUCGAAGAGAAGUGAUGCUGGCCCAUACAAGAUCGUUCUUUCAAACCGUUUGGGCAAGGAUGUCGCUAAGCUGAACGUGAAUGUUCUUGACGUUCCUGGCAAACCUACUGGACCUAUUCGUGCCACUGACAUCCAGGGAGAUGCGAUGACCCUGCACUGGUCACCUCCUAAGGACAACGGAGGCGAUGAUGUUACCAACUACGUUGUCGAGAAAAGAACUCCAGGCGGUGAAUGGGUCCCUUGUGGACAUCCCGUUGGAACAUCACUUCGGGUCAGAAAUCUUGACAAGAAUCAGGCCUACGAAUUCCGCGUUUCAGCGGAGAACCAGUACGGAGUGGGACAACCGCUUGAAACGGACGACAUCAUUGUCGCUAAGGAUCCUUUCAAUCCACCCGGAGCCCCUGGACAGCCGGAAGCUCUCGAAACAUCCGAGGAGGCGAUUGUUCUUCAAUGGACGCGCCCGCUGCACGAUGGUGGCGCACCGAUCCAGGGCUACGUGAUCGAAAAACGAGAAGUGGGCACCAAAGAAUGGACCAAAGCCGCUUAUGGAACUGUGCCGGAAACCAAGCACAGGAUCGUUCUUUCAAACCGUUUGGGCAAGGAUGUCGCUAAGCUGAACGUGAAUGUUCUUGACGUUCCUGGCAAACCUACUGGACCUAUUCGAGCCACUGACAUCCAGGGAGAUGCGAUGACCCUGCACUGGUCACCUCCUAAGGACAAUGGAGGCGAUGAUGUUACCAACUACGUUGUCGAGAAAAGAACUCCAGGCGGUGAAUGGGUCCCUUGUGGACAUCCCGUUGGAACAUCACUUCGGGUCAGAAAUCUUGACAAGAAUCAGGCCUACGAAUUCCGCGUUUCAGCGGAGAACCAGUACGGAGUGGGACAACCGCUUGAAACGGACGACAUCAUUGUCGCUAAGGAUCCUUUCAAUCCACCCGGAGCCCCUGGACAGCCGGAAGCUCUCGAAACAUCCGAGGAGGCGAUUGUUCUUCAAUGGACGCGCCCGCUGCACGAUGGUGGCGCACCGAUCCAGGGCUACGUGAUCGAAAAACGAGAAGUGGGCACCAAAGAAUGGACCAAAGCCGCUUAUGGAACUGUGCCGGAAACCAAGCACAGGGUAACUGGACUCACUCCCAAAAAGGAGUACGAGUUCCGUGUUUGUGCCACAAACGCGGCCGGAAACGGUGAUUGGAGCGAAAGUAGCUUCCCAAUUGCCGCCGAAGGUUCACCAAAGAAACCGCUUAUCGACCUCGCAAUGCUUACACGAGACGUUAUUGCUUAUGCAGGAGAGACCGCCAAGAUUCUCGUACCAUACAGCGCGUCGCCCAUGCCACGGAUCACCUGGUCCAAAGGUGAUAUGAAGUUGGACGAACGCGACAAGAGGAACAAGGUGGACAGUAACGACUUCCUCACCGCUAUGACUAUUGACAAAUGCGAAAUCAGUGACAGCGGACUAUACACGAUUACUCUCGAGAAUUCCAUGGGCAAAGACAGUGCGACAGUAAAGUUACGUGUGGUGGAUCGUCCUUCACCACCUGAGGGACCACUUGAGAUCACUGACAUUGCGCCAGACUGUUGCACGCUGUCGUGGAAACCACCGAAGAGCGAUGGCGGUUCACCGAUCACAAACUACAUUGUCGAGAAGCUCUGCAUGAGGGGCGCUGAUCCAAAAUGGGAGAGGGUCUCAUCCUUCGUCAGAAAUACGUCAUUUGUUGUGCCACGUCUGCAGGCUGGCGAGCAGUACAAAUUCCGUGUCCGCGCUGAGAAUCAGUUUGCUCAACCAGAUGCUCCAACUGUUCGUGACAUGGAUUCCACUUGGGCCGAAAUCGAAUGGGAUACACCUGCCAAUGGUGGCUCAAAGAUCCUUGGCUAUCAAGUGCAGUAUCGUGAAGCAUCAUCUGCCAAGUGGAUCACCGCCAAUACAGACCUUAUAACUCAGAACUCGAUGAGGGUGAACAACCUCCGUGAAAACGGAGAAUAUGAGUUCAGGGUGACGGCAAAGAAUGCUGCUGGAUUCUCAAAACCAUCGCCGCCUUCGGAAAGAACAAAAUUGCGAGCGAAAUUCGGACCUCCUGGACCACCUAGUCAAGCGAAUGCUACAUCCAUUGGACGUAAUCAUGUAACCCUUACCUGGGUUCCACCAAUCGAUGAUGGAGGAUCUCCAAUCACUGGGUACAUUGUGGAACAGCGCGAACACGGCAGCACACUGUGGACCAAAGUUAGCGAUUAUAAUAUCCGCGAUCCCGAGUUUACCGUACCUGGCCUGAAGGAAUUCCACGACUACGAGUUCCGAAUCAUUGCAAUCAAUAAGCACGGAAAAGGAAUACCUUCAUUGCCAACAGGACCCAUCAAGAUUCAAGACUUGAACGGCUCUCGACCACAGAUUGUGGUGAAGCCAGCAGACACUGCGGAGCCCUACAACAGGCGCGCCGUUUUCGUCUGUGAAGCUGUUGGUCGUCCUGAGCCUGUUUGCCGAUGGAUCAGAAAUGGCCGCGAGCUACCCGAAAGCAGCCGAUACCGCUUCGAGGCGCAUGAAGGCACAUUCAGAUUCACAAUCAAGGAAGUAUGGGAUAUCGACGCUGGAGAAUACACUUGCGAAGUUUCAAACGUCUAUGGAAGCGAUUCCGCUACAGCUAAGCUUAUCGUUCAAGCUCCUCCGAUUAUUGAGAAAGACGUGCCAAACACGAUUCUCCCAAUGGGCGAGAUGGUCCGUUUGAAGAUCUACUUCUCGGGCACGCCGCCAUUCAACCACUCAUUGACCUUGAAUAAAGAAGAGGUUGACGCUGAUCAUCCGACGAUUCGUCUUGUCGACUUCGACGAUCACAUUCUCAUCACCAUACCGUCGCUCUCAACUCGAGAAGCUGGCCGCUACGAAUACACGAUCAGUAAUGAUAGUGGCGUGGCAUCAACUGGCUUCUGGCUGAAUGUCACAGGACUACCUGGAGCUCCACAAGGGCCCCUGCACUUCAGCAAUGUUAAUACUCAUCAAGUAUGCCUUUCUUGGCGUCCACCAGUGAAUGAUGGAGGCUCGAAGAUCACCAAUUAUGUAAUUGAAAAGAGAGAUCUAACGAAGGAUGAGUGGAACGUGGUCGCGUCUAGUGUUCGCGAUCUAUCGUUCACUGUACAAGGGCUAUUCGAAAAUCACGAGUACGAGUUCCGAGUGAGUGCAGCGAAUGAAAACGGUCAAGGAGUGCCGCUUGUAGGUGAAAACCCAGUGGUAACCCGACUUCCGUACGACCGUCCAGGACCACCAACCGAUCUGGAAGUGACUGAAGUGGGCGACGAAUUCGUUGUGUUGACAUGGCAUCGACCGGCUUCUGAUGGUGGAGGCCGAUUACGUGGAUACUACGUCGAGAAAUGUGAGGAAGGAUCAGGAGACGUGGGUCCGAUGCAAUCAGAAUCCAUCGCCUGCCGAACACGUUUCAACGUUGGAAGCCUUAUCGAUGGAAGAAAGUACAAAUUCCGUGUGUUCGCCGUCAACGACGCUGGAUUGUCGGAACCUGCUGAAAUGGAUUUACAAUUCAAGUCGGCCUCUGGUGGUACUCCUCCCGAGAUCAUCACCCAGCUGAGCGACCAAUCUGUUGAACCAGGACGUAGUGCAACGUUCGAAUGCGAGAUCAUUGGCUCUCCACGACCAGAAUACAGUUGGUUCAAGGGCAUGAAGGAGCUUGUGGACACCUCGAGAUUCACUAUCCUUUCCAAGGGUGACGUGCAAGUUCUUAUGGUUAACCACGCGAAUCCAGAUGACGCAGACGAGUACACAUGCCGUGCUACGAAUAAAUUCGGUACAAAGAGCACCAGAGCACAGCUGUUGAUCAUGUCCAAACCGAGAGUGUUCCUGCCACCACGAUACCAUGGCGGAUACGAAUCUCAAAAGAAUGAGACCAUCGAACUGAAGAUUCCGUACAAGGCCUUCCCGCGAGCAGAAUCCCGAUGGUCCAAAGAGGGAGAGAAGAUCGAGAGCGGUGGCCGCUACGAAAUUACAACCGAUGACAAAUUUGCCACUUUACGCAUCUCCAACGCCACUCGAGAGGAUUACGGUCAAUAUAGGGUUAUUGUGGAAAAUUGUGUGGGACAGGACUCGACAGCAGUGAAUGUCACUGUUGCCGAUUGCCCAGAACCGCCACGAUUCCCUAUUGUUGAAAACGUGCUAGACGAAGCUGUUAUUUUGUCAUGGAAACCUCCAAAUCUCGACGGCGGAUCAAUUGUCACACAGUACACUGUUGAAAGGAGAGACACGAGUGGCGGCACAUGGGAGCCAUGUGGAAAAACUCGCUUCGCCUGUCUUACUGUGGAAGGAUGUCGCCCCAAGAAGACCUACGAGUUCCGCGUCAUUGCUGAGAACAAGCACGGACUGUCACAACCUUGCGAACCCACUGCUCCUGUGUUGAUUCCUGGUAACGACCGCAUUCGUCCAAGGAACUACGAUGUUGACGACACCGGCAAAGUGAUUCGCGGCAAAGGACCAACUAUGUCCAACUACGAUGGUUACGUGAUCGAUGUAUGGAAGCAGUACUAUCCACAAGAAGUUGAAAUCAAACAUAGCCCAGUACUUGACCACUACGACAUCCACGAGGAGAUCGGAAGUGGUGCGUUUGGCGUGGUUCAUCGCUGCACUGAACGUGCAACCGGCAACACAUUUGCGGCCAAAUUCGUGAACACUCAAAAUGAGGCUGACAAAGCAACCGUUCGUAAGGAAAUCAACACCAUGUCCGCUCUCCGACAUCCUACCCUCAUCAACCUGCACGACGCCUUCGAAGGUGACAAGGAAAUGGUCAUGAUUUACGAAUUCAUGUCUGGUGGCGAACUGUUUGAGAAAGUUGCCGAUGACUCGAAUCGAAUGACCGAAGCCGAAGCGAUCGACUACACCCGUCAAGUGUGCAAGGCACUGUGUCACAUGCACGAGAUGAACUACGUUCAUUUGGACUUGAAGCCAGAGAACAUCAUGUUCACGACGAAGAAAAGCAAUGAGUUGAAGCUGAUCGACUUCGGCCUUGCAUCGUUCCUCGACCCCAAGGAUAGCGUUAAGGUGACAACCGGAACUGCAGAGUUCGCGGCACCAGAAGUGGCCAACGGAGAACCAGUUGGCUACUUUACGGACAUGUGGAGUGUCGGAGUACUGUCGUACAUUCUUCUAUCAGGACUAUCACCGUUCGCAGGCGAGAAUGACGAAGAAACGCUGAAGAACGUGAAAAAAUGCGACUGGAAUAUGGACGACCCGAUAUUCAACCAAGUCUCCGAAAACGGCAAAGAUUUCAUUCGUAAACUUCUCAUUGCAGAACCAGGAAAGCGAAUGACCAUUCACGAAGCUUUGAACCAUCCAUGGUUGUCAAGUGGUGAAGUUGGUGGAGGUGAUGUGAUCCCCAGCAACCGAUACCACUCCAUUCGUGAUUCGAUUCGUCAGAAAUAUGAUGCUUGGCCAGAACCGGUGCCUCCACUCGGUCGUAUCUCUAACUUCAGUUCUCUCCGAAAACACCGUCCGUCAGAGUACCACAUUCAUGACGCUUUCUUCGAGCGCUCUGAAGCUCAGCCACGGUUUAUCAUCAAACCGUUUAGCACAUCUGUGACAGAAGGUCAGAGUGCUAACUUCUACUGUCGAGUAAUCGCAUCAUCACCGCCAAUUGUUACCUGGCAUCACGAUUCGGAAGAAUUGAAGCAGAGUGUGAAGUAUAUGAAGAAGUACAACGGGAACGACUAUGGUCUCACAAUUAACAGGGUAAAAAUGGACGACAAAGGAGAAUAUACGGUACGGGCAAAGAACUCGUAUGGAUCGAAAGAAGAGGUUGUCUUCCUGACCGUCAAUCGAAAGAGCGAAGAGUUCAAGAGUGAGCCGUUACAACCAAUGCGAAAGGCACCUGCACUGCCGAAAGUCGAGGAAUUCAAAGAGAAAGACAUACGUCCUAACUUUUCUUUCCAUCUUCGUCCGCGUAUGAUUCAGAAGAAUCAUCAAUGCAAACUCAUCUGUACUUUGCAAGGAAACCCAAUUCCCAAAGUGGAAUGGUUCAAGGACGGAGCACCUGUCGACCAGGACCGAGUACAGACGACAUUCCGAAGUGGAGUCUGCACACUGGAGAUCUUCAACACACGAGUCGACGACGCCGGUACGUACACCUGCAAGGCGACAAGUCCGCUAGGAGAAGACGUUAGCGAAUGUGUGGUCAGUGUACAGACAAAGGGAGAACCGAUGCCUCGGAUCUCUUCAUACCGCACCAGAAGGGUACAUGAUUCAUUGAGGGUGAACGAAGUCGAGAAGUCGAGAUCGUACUCAGACUUCCGAAGUGAGUCAUCGUCGUACUCUUCUUCGUACUCUUCUUCUCGCUCCUCCUACAGCUCCACAACGGAUAUGACACGAUCGGCAGCAGACGACCUCAAGCUGAAAGUUUCCACUGAGCCGCCAAACUUUACCGCCAAACUCAAAGAUCUUAGCGUCGAUCAAGGAGAACAGAUCAAAUUAUCUUGCCAGGUUGAUGGAAGUCCAUCGCCGUUGAUUGAAUGGUUACAUAAUGGAGAGCGAGUGACGGAUCCGCGAUUGGUGACUUCGUUUUCGGGAGGAACAGCGGAGUUGACAAUCUCUGAAGCGAAUGCUGACGACGUUGGAGAGUACGUGUGCAGAGCAAGCAAUUCUGCAGGACAAGAAUCUUGCCGAGCCAACGUCGCUGUGCGAUCAGCUACUACUAACGGCCCCAAAACCAAUGGAGAAGUCGUGAACGGAUCUGGAGAAGAAGGAUUACGGUGA